AUGAUUGAAGCCAUGCCCAUUGUGUCUGCAAGCACAGGGCUGCAUGAGACUCUGGCCCUGCUCACCUCUCAGCUCCACCCAGAUGCCAACCAUAAAGAGGACCUGGUCUUCCUCAAAGAUGUAUUCAGCGAGAAAAGCCUUGGUUACCUCAUGAAGAUCCAUGACAAACUGAAGCAGUAUGAGAAACAGAGCCCAACUCCAGUCCUACACAGCGCCUCCUGUCUGGCUGAGGACCUGGCAGAAGAGCUUCAGAACGGACCGCUGGAGGACGAUGAGAGAGAACUGCUUCUCCUGCUGAGCACUCCUCACCUCAAGGCAGUGCUGUCAGCCCACGACACGGUGGCCCAAAAGAACUUUGACCCAGUGCUGCCGCCGCUGCCGGAGGAUCUGGACGACGACCUGGAGGAAGAGUCAGUGAAGAUCGUCCGGCUGGUGAAGAACAAGGAGCCCCUGGGAGCGACUAUUAGGAGAGACGAGGCGACGGGAGCUGUAAUCGUGGCCAGAAUCAUGAGGGGAGGGGCAGCAGACCGCAGUGGCCUGGUACAUGUAGGGGAUGAGCUUCGAGAGGUCAACGGAAAUCUGAUAGCCCACAAAAGACCAGAUGAAAUAAGUCAGAUUCUGUCCCAGUCACAAGGCUCCAUCACACUCAAAAUCAUCCCAGCUGUUGUUGAGGAAGACAAACUAAAGGAAAGCAGGGUCUACCUUCGGGCUCUGUUUGACUACACCCCCUUUGAGGACAAGGCCACGCCGUGCCAAGAGGCAGGACUUCCUUUCAAGAGGGGAGACAUUCUUCAGGUGGUGAGCCAAGAGGACGCCACCUGGUGGCAGGCCAAGAAGGUGGGCGACUGUAACCUGCGCGCUGCCCUCGUCCCCUCCACACAGUUCCAGGAGAGGCGUUUGAGAUACAGGAUGAAAAUGGGUUCCUUUCCGGCUCCUGUGUCCCCAAAAGCUCCUACAUAUGAUCGUGCUGAGAGAGAAGACUGUGACUGUGAGGGUGCUCUGAAUGGAAAGGACAUAGUUUCUCCCAAGAGUAAGGCAGCCCCUGCCUUCUGUGGCCAUGCUUUCUCAUGGGAUUUUUACUCAGCCAGCCUGCGCAGAAGUUUCCGUCUCAGGAAAGAUCGCCAGUGUUCACCUGGAGAAGCUCACACUCCAGAUGCCAAUCACACAGACUUUCUGAUUUAUGAAGAAGUAACACAAUACCUGUCCCGUCCUGGUGAGAGGCCCCGCCUUAUAGUCCUGAUAGGUUCCCUGGGAGCUCGAAUCUCUGAGCUCAAACAGAAGGUCAUCGCUGAGAAUCCUCGACGCUAUGGUUUGGCUGUGCCUCACACCACUCGAGCCCGGAAGAGUCAUGAGAGAGAAGGCGUGGAGUACUACUUCAUCACUAAAGCAGCCUUUGAAGCUGACAUCCAGAACGGGAAGUUUAUUGAGUAUGGGGAGUAUAAAGAUAAUCUCUACGGCACAAGUUUGGAGUCCAUCCAUAGAAUUUUGGAUCAAAACAAAGCCUGUCUAGUGGAUGUGCAACCAGAGGCACUGAAGACUCUACGUACCACUGAGUUCAAGCCAUACAUCAUCUUUGUACGGCCUCGAAUCUAUGACAAUCAAAGGAAACAUCUUGGCUCCUCUUCUUCACUCAGCUUAGGGAUCACGGAGGAGGACCUACAGGAAAUGAAGCAGUCAGCGGAGCGGAUAGACGAGUGCUAUGGCCAUUGGGUGGACUACAUCUUGGUGAAGGAGGACCCAGUCAGUGCCUUAGCAGAGCUCCAGGUCGUACUGGAGAGGGUGCAGAUGGAGCCUCAGUGGGUGCCAGUGUCCUGGGUGAGGAGCUAG